UUGUAGCGAAUGGCCAUAGCGGACUCAUUGAAAUUAUAUAACACAUACCAAAUGGGGUUGAGUUCAUUAUUCAACAACAGUAUGUGUUUUUGUACAGAUUUACCUCCCUACAAAGUAGGUGAAUGGGACUCAGCAAUCAUCACAAAGGACCCUGUGUUUAACUAUAGACCGCUGAUCUCCACUGCUGAAGUAACUCUUAGUCCACGUCAUGAACAAGCAAAGCGUCUGUUGGAAAGAGCUCGAUUCAAAGCACGUUCUCAAAACCCUAAGAGUGAAACCCCCACCUGCCUUGGUCAAAGAGAGGGCCUGGGUCAUAUGAGUAGUGUGUCAUCUACACUGCACAGUGCUGUUCUUGUCACGGCUCAAGAGGAGGUUACUUCACCUCUUCAGUCACCAGAUAUCCGGGGCAGGAACCAUGAACGUGGGGUGCGCUCACGUCGGAAUGGCCAAUCGCCCACGCGAGUACGUUUCGAAGAUGAGUCGGAAAAGGAGGCUGAGCGACGAUACCUGGAGCGGGUGCGUGAACGCGGGCCAGUGGUGGCUGAGAAAUCCCACUCCACCCAACAGCUGAAGGCAGAUCCGGUGUACAACAUCCCAGAGGAAAGCAGGGGGGCAGCAAUAAAUUGGGUAAACGUUGGUAUCCCUGUUGCAAUAUUAACCAAGGAGGGAGAGUGUCUGGCUGCCUUGGUGUCAAAGGACGAUAUGCUCAGGACAUGUGAAGCCUGUGGAAGCAUCUUGGGACCUGCACAGAACAAAGAUUGCCAUUCCCAACUAACACACAGUAUAGUAGAUUCUCAGGAGAAGGCUGCCCCUCAAUGGGUCACCCCUGGCCGAACCAUCCAUCCGACCUUCAUGGAAAGUUUAACUUUCACUGGAGGUGUCAGCCUGGCAGAAAGUGUAGGGCGGGGAGGUGUAGGAGGUGCAGGCGAGAACACGUCAACUUUUGGGAAGCUUCGAAGAAGGAGCAGGAAAGGAGAAAGCAGAGUUGAAAGCGGUAAUGGUCCGUAUGCUCGAAGUCAGGAUCUAUGGACUCAGAGAAGGAACUCCAAAACCAGGUCAAGUCUGGAGGAUAAAACUACUCGCUCUAAAUUGAAGACGCCUGAACAAGGUACUACAGAAACCUCAUCUGACCUUGAGAAUAAGGAUCUCUCUAGCAAUGUCAAGGACUCUCCCCCCCAUCUCCCAAUCAAAUCGGCUCUGAAAUCAAGUUCCAAGAGUCGGCUGACAGGGCAACGGGUGGUCAAGCUAAUGCCCUCAGUUCAAUACCGCCUAAUUCACCUUGACCACAAGCAGGAUGGGAGCUCUCACCACGAAAACAUACUGCCUGAAGAGCACCUCAGUGUCACUCUCAGUGCCUCCCCUCAGGUUCAUCCAAUCACCUCAGGACUGACUUCUUGCAACAAACUAUCCUCUCUCAGGUAUUCCUCGUCUAUGCUGACCACAGACCUCCAGGCUAUAGCAAUAUGGGACUCUGCAGGUGACCUAGUCACAGGUCAUUUGGCAGGUGAGGGUGUCUGCAGAGAACCCAGAAGCACUUGCACAGCACCUGUUCCCUCAGAUUGCCGCCCGGUUUUAAAAGCUAUGGGUACAUCCAAAGCAGAAGACCUGAGGGCAGAACUUCUGAGAGCAGAGCACCGAAAGGCUGAAAUACACUGGGAUGACAGUUUAGUUGUGUCUAGGAGAGCAGGGGAGCGAGAAGGGCGUCCUAAGCUAUCCCUCCGUCGCUUUUUCUCAGCCAUGGGACUGAACAGUAUGGGUAAGCUGGUGAAGGGAAGCCGGUCCAACAGCAUGGAGCACCUGUGUUCCCCCACUGCCCGCUACAGUUCUGCCUCCCCAAGUCCUACACACAAAGGCCUAAUCCCUCUGAAGAGGACCCCCUCUCUCCAGUCUCUCCACACAGAGUCUCCUUUGGCUCAGUUACGUAAAGCAUCUUCUGUCCAGAGUCUACAGUCCCCAAAGAGGAAGUUUGAACGUUCCACUAUUUUAGGAGAGUUUCCACUGCCACUGAGUUUGGCACCAAGGGAGCUUCAGAAGAUAGAGAACAUAGAGGAGUCACUAGAGGAUUCUCGAGGAGCAGGUCCACUAGGGCGGCUGGUGCAGGCCUUUCCUGACGGGACUUUACUGAUAGAACUUUCCAGACCUGCCAACAAUAGACCCUUUGGCUUCGUCAUCUCCAGGGGCAAAGGAAGACCUGGCUCAGGUAUAUACGUGGAACGGGUCGGAGACAGUGCCACGGAGAACAUCUACACUGGACUCCUAGGCGUUGGAGAUGAGAUUCUAGAAGUCAAUGGGGAAAUCGUAGCUGGACUGACCCUGGAUCAGGUUACACGCCUCAUGACCCGUGAUAGCAAAGCCACGAUCCGCAUUCUGCCACAUUCCUGGGUCAAGCGCUGAUGCAAAUUACGGGCAAAAUACGUAAGACGAAGAAAAGAUCAUAAAGGAAAGUUUACAAAGCACUUUUAGACAGUAUUGUUCUUCAGUCCUGGGUUAGGAAAUCUAGAAUGGCUUGUGCAAUGCAUUGUUUACAGAGAAAUAAGAAAUAAAAACAUCUCAAACUUGUGGGUUUUUAAAACACCUGCCACUGGACUUUUUUUUAAAUAAUUGUG